AUGGCCCCAGGCGUCGCCGAUGCCACCGAUCAGCAGCAGGGCGGCCACGAGUGCAAGGUCGGGACGGCGCUGGCCGCAGCCGCGAGAGCUCAGGCUGGCGUGGCGGCGAGGGCUGCUGCCGCGACGGAGGAGGCGAAAAAUAGCGUGGCGUUCUAUUACGACGCCUUCGGUGGGGCGAAGGUUGAGGCACUUCUGGAUGACAUCGACCUGAUUGACGUGGCGUACAUGAUAUCGAUCGCCGAGGCGGGCGGCACGGUGCCACGUUGGCAGAACGUGCCGCCCACGGCGCGCAUCAACAGGACCAACGCGUGGCGGCUCCGCAGCUACGGGAGCGCGGAAUCUGAAGAGCGUCCUCUCACGCUGCCCAUCCUCGUCGUAUCCUACCCGUGGCUUGACAAGAGCCAUCCGGAUCAGCACGGUUUGACGUUGCGACGCAUGUUGCCCGUUCUGCGCGCGCUCUACGAGCAGGCCACGUCAUUUGGCUCACACACGACGGUGGGCGUGUUCCAGGACUUCAUGUCGUUGCCCCAGAUCCCACGCACCAGCGAGGAGUAUGAGCGUUUCAGGCGGGGGCUUGCGACGAUGGCGGGCUUGUACGCUCACCCGUAUACCAUCGUGCUCACAGUGACAACCCCCAUCCCAGGGGACGGCAGCUGCGAAAACACGGUCGCUUACGCCAGGCGCGGCUGGUGCCACUUCGAGCGCUGCGUGGCCAGCCUCGUCAAAGACACCUGCUGCCUGUGGGACCUCGGCCGGCAUGCGGAGGGCCUGCCCACAGACGUGCGCAGGUGCAUGGAGGACCUGCGGGCGUCCCGCCUGGCGCCGACCAGCCCAGACCAAAUGGCAAAGGAUCUGAGCCAGCUUGCCUUCACCAACGGUGCCGACAUCGAGAAGGUGAUCGAUCUACAGGCCGCGUUCAUCCGCGCGUUCAACGAGUACAGGCAAAACGACCAGGACGGCUCCAUCUCCUACCAGUCCCUCCGAUGGGGCGGUGAUGAAAAGCAGGUAUCGAACCUCGUGGCGGCCCUUCAGUACGCGGAAUCGGAGUGCCAGCCGAAGGACUCGAAGGGGGUGCAUGACGCCGAGCUGAGACUGUACUUUGGGAAUAACAACUUCAGCCCCGCGGAGGAGGAGCGAGUGCGGCAGGCGAUCCCCUUUGCCAGUGCCAAGUUCCAGCUGUACAGAGACGGGGAACUUUGGACCAAUCGCAAGAACACGUGCCACUGCCAAGUGCAGUGA